UCCGGUGACCCUUCCUCAGAACUGGGCUCUGAGGAAAGGUCACCAGAUCGGAAACAUUAACUCUAAUUUUUUUUCUUCACAGAUGCUGCCAGAUCUGCUGAGCAUUUCCAGCAGCUUCUGUUUUUGAACCAUUUAGUGCCCUCUAGAAUGCCUGAAUUGAAUCUGUCUUCACCACAUUUCCAGGCAGUGCAUUCCACAUCCUAACAACUUACUGGGUGGAGUGGGGCAGGUUGGGGAGUCUCUCAACCUUGCUUCAUUUGCAUGUUACUUUAGACCAAUACCCCCUUGUUCUUGUUCCUUUGCAAACAGAAACAACUUCAUCCUAGCUGUUGUACUCAGCCCACUUGUAAUUCAGGAAUGCUCUAUCUCAGCCACCUUUUCUCCAGGGAGAACGGUUCCAACUUCAAGAGAUAGUAAGAAUUGCCGAUGUUGGAGUCAGAGAUAACAGUGUGGAGCUGGAGGAAGGGUCCUGACCCGAACCAUCAACUUUUCCACUCCUCUGAUGUUGCCUGGCCUGCUGUGUUCCUCCAGCUCCGCACUGUGUUAUUUCCAACUUCUUCAAUCUAUCCUCAUAAUUGAAGUUUUUCUUCUCCAGAACCGUCCUUGUGAAUCUCUUCUGCAGUCUCCAAUUUAUUUGCAUCUUUUCAAUAAUGUAGUGCCCACAAUUUCCACUGUAUUCCAGCAGAGGUCUAAUCAGAAUAUUGUGCUAGUUCAAUGUCACUUCCUUGCUCUUGUACUCUACACCCCAAUUAAUAAAGCUGAGAAUGCCAUAUGCUUUAUUUACUGCUCUCUCCAUCUGUCCUGCCACCUUCAAUGAUCUCCUGCACCUCCUCAGAAUUGUAGCCCCUAUUUUAUAUAAUUCUUCUGACCAAAGUGCACCAUUACUUCACACUUGAAGGAAACAGUUGCAGGGUUAUGAGGAAAGUCAAGGCAUGGAGCAAAUUGGACAGCUCUAAUAAAGAGCCAGCAUUGGCAUGGUGGGGCUGAAUGAUCUCCUCUGCUGUUGCAUUUGUGCUCAAAAUAUCUACUUUGAGAAAUAUUAGAAUAACGUUACUUGACCCUCUUCAUGCCAUUUUUACCUCCAGACUCAACUAUUCUGAUGCACUCUUGGCUGGUCCCCUGUAUUCUACCCUCUGAUCUUGAAGUCAUCUAAAACUUGUCCUUGUUUUCAAAUACCUCUGUGCCCUUGCCCCUCCUUGUCUCUAUAAUCUCUUGCAGCCCUAAACCUUAUAAGAUUUCUGUGCUCCUUUAUUUCUGGCCUCUUUUAGACACACCUGCAUGAGAUGCUGUGCCUUCAGUUGCCUAAAGCCUUGAUUUACUCCUUUAAGGCAUUCCUUAAAAGUAAGGAUAUUAUGCUUCAGUUGUACAAGGUAGUUGUGAGACCACAUCUUCAAUAUUCUGUGCAGUUAUGGUAUCCUUAUUUAAAAAAAGUGUGUGAAUGUAUUGGAAGAAGUUUGCAACGUUGAUAUGAAAACGUUGUCUUCUGAAAAUAUGUUUGGGCUUGUUUCCAUUGGAGUUUAGAAGAGUGAGGGGUGUUUUGAUUGAACUGUAUGAGAUCCUGAAUGGCCUAGACAAAAUGGGUGUGGACAGGACGUUUCCCCUUGUAGCUCAGUCCAGAACUGGGGGAACACUUUUAAAAUUAGGCAUCACCCUUUUAAAACAGAGAUGAGAAUUCUUUUCUGAGUGGCUAUGCAACUUUUGAACUCGUUGCUGCAAAAGACAGUGGAGAUGGGAUCAUUGAAUAUCUUUAAGAUGGAGAUAGAUUUUUAAUUAGGCAAAGAAAUCAAAGGUCAUUGGAAGUUGAUGGGAAUGUGGAACUUGGAGCACAAAUAGAUUAACCACAAUCUCAAUGAAUGGUUGAGCAGGCUUGAAGAACUGAAUGGGAUACUUCUCUUAAUGUUAGAUAAUCAAAAGCUUACCAACAUCAACAUGAUGGAGGAAAUUUUUCAAUGGCUCACUGUCAUAUUUUACAUGCCUUGGGCUAUUUUAUGUUGCUACUGCUAUUUAAAACUAAGUUGGCGUCGAAGCACUGGGUGCCACUUGAGAACCUUUCCAGGUUGGAUUGGGUCAUUACUGCACUGGUUGAGCUGACUAAUAAUUUCUACUCGGUAUCCCACACUACCUCAGGUCACAUAAUUUUACAGGGUUGUGAUCUUAUGGGUAACUGUGGCCCCAUGGAUAACAGUUGAAGUUCAAUAAGCACGAUGGGAAAUGAUGCUGAGUUUACAUAAACACCAGAUCAACUUGCUGGAAAUAGUAAAACUAGUCUGCCAACUAGGCACAUUGCUGAUCCUAAAGGUUAUUUGACCACUGGUUGCAAAAUGGGAUAAAAUAAGGCUAUAAGAGGACCAUGGAAACACAUCUCCUGUUUACACGACCCUUGGACAAAUGUGCUCAGAGUGAUGAGGGCCUUGUGCAAAGGAGGCAUGACGUUGCUCGAGACUAACCAUUGCGAAGAGAAGACCCUGAGUUCUGAACUUCAGAAGAACAGACUUUUCGGAAUGAACCUGGUCAGUUUACCACAUACAGGUUGGUAUCUAGAUUGUAGUCAAACAGACAGCGUGUUGAUUGUGUGCUUACCAAGAACUAAAGUUGCUAAUAAAGAGGAAAUUGUAUAAGAUUCUAAUUUCCUUUAUCUCCAAUGUCCUUUAUCUGUCAUGAAAUUCAAGGCCCUAGUGCAAAAAUGGUUAACAGAGUAAAGUAAUGCGGUUUUUAAAGUUAAAUUUAAACAAUCUGAAGUUUACCUUGAUUCUGGCUAUCUUUAUGAUAGCUUUGAAAAUGGAAGUAACAACAGUUUCUGUGUUCCCUCAAAAAUAACCUGCUACUUUUCACUAAUUCCUGGUGGUCUUCAAUUCAUCAAGUUGAUUUGGCAGGAAUAGCGCAUGGCCAGAUGUGUGCCCAGCGACCUGCUGCGAGGACUGUUCGAGACAGUAUAUGAUCUGUGUAUAGCUUAGUACUGUACUGGUGUGCUCAAAAUAUGGGUGUUAUUAGACUGGUGUUUGUGGAUAUUUCCUUUGUUCAAUCUUAGAAUGGGUUGGAUAUUCACUUUGCUGACAGCUCUCCUAAAGGUACCAUCCCAGGCUAGGGGACCAGGUCAAGGAUCACCUGAUGUGCUACCCUCCCUCCAUGUGCGUGCGCGCACAAAGUCAACAGGUGUCACUGAAUACCAUUCUUAACCCUGAAUACUGAACUUCUUUCAUUGUCUCACUGUACUUGCGGGUGCUUAAUCUGAAAUUGCAGCACUUCUUUCUACUUAUUGCAGGUGGUAUGCACAGACUAGCUUGUAGCCAGGAUCUGGUUUGGCUGUUUACUUCCCUGCACUAGCUUGUGCACAGUUGGACUUUUGGAUAUACUGGCUUGCUUUGAAGCUGCAGCAUUUUCAAUAAAGUACCUGAGGAGAUAGAGCUUUUUCUCUUUAUAGAGUAAUAUGAUGAACAACUUGUACUGUUUGAUACAAGAAACUGAGAGUUCAGAGUGUGCAAACUGAUGUAUCAUUAAUGCAAAUUCUUCUCCAACAGUUGGAAGUGUUCUGUCUCCUUCGACAAGUAUGGGGAGCUCAGUGCAGUCAUUUAGACCACUGAUCAAUGACUAUGGACCACCCUCUAUGGGUUAUUUACAGGGAAUGAGCAGUAAUCAGGCACCACAGAGUAAAUAUGCAGAGCUGCUUACUAUAAUUGAAGAGCUGGGAAAAGACAUUCGACCAACUUACGCUGGCAGUAAAAGUGCAAUGGAGCGAUUAAAACGUG